AUGAAUUCUUCGGAGUCUCCAGCCGACUUCAGAUCGUGGCCGAACUCUGUGGCAGCAUUCCUGAUGACAGUUGAUGUUGUUUUUGGGAUCUUUUUGAGUGGGGCAGUUGUCUACAUUUACUUUAAAGACACCCAACAGAGAACAUCUUUCAAUUUUAUAUGUGCUGUUAGGGCUACAAAUAAUAUUCUAGUUUUGGUUCUGGCGUUUGUUUUCGUCUACAUACCAGGGUCUAUACUGUAA